GCCCUUAAAGGGCUUCAGAGGCGGCAGCAACUCCUCCCUGCCGACAGCGCCGGGGCCAUGGCGGCGGAGCGGGGCGGGAAAUCAUCCCCUUCGCCUCCUCUCGCCGCCUUCCGCCGCGAAGAUGACACUUUAGAUGAGGCAACAAGGAAAGACCUUUUCACCGACACUUUCUGUAAGGUUUGCAAGGCAGUGCUGCAGUUUGAGUCUCAAAGGGCGUCACACUAUAAGGGCAAAAAACAUGCUCAGAAAGUUCAUCAUUACAUCCAAAUGCACAGGGAGGAAGAUGAGAGGCAGGAGCAUGGCAAACAAAAGAAAACGCAUUGUGGGAAUUUUCAGGUGGAUGGGAGUGGAGCAGUGGACAAAAACAACUACUGCAGUCUCUGCAACAUGAUUUUUACUUCCCCAGUUGUUGCUUUGUCUCACUACUUGGGAAAGAUCCAUGCGAAAAAGCUGAAGCAAUUAUCAGGAGACCAAGCCCACGUGCCAGCACAGAGCAUGCGGCCUGUUUCUGCUUUACAGAAGCCAUUGGGUAAGAAACCCUUGCUGCCUUCAAAAGCUGAAGAGUCUUCAUCAACCUCCAACAUAAGGUUGAAGUUAAAUGAUGCAGAUAAGUACUGUAAGCUCUGCUGUGCUCCCUUCAAUAAUCCACUUAUGGCCCAGCAGCAUUAUGUUGGUAAGAAACACAGAAGAAAUGAAGCACGGAAAAAGAUACUGGAGGAGCUGGGAGACAGAGCCAUCCCUGCAGAAUCCUGCACAAAUGCUUCCUCCUUUUCAGCUGUUGGAGUUGGUUAUUACCUGUGCCCCGUAUGUAAUGUCAUACUUACAUCUGUAGAAACGUACCAGUCCCACGUGCAAGGAAAUAAGCACCGGCUUAAAGAAACAGUGCUUGUCAAUCGCAAGAAGAAAUCGAAGAAAACACAUAGCUCCUUUCAAGAUGAAUUAACAGAUUACGUUAAAGUUCAGAAAGCUAGAGGUCUAGAGCCAAGAAGGUGUUUAGGUAAAGAGGAAGACAAAGAGUUUCAAGAUAAAAACAUCAAAGGAGAAAGUGACCUCGGUGAGGUUGUAUCUUCAAACUUUAAGUGUGAACAAGGCCAGCAUUCCAGCCUUUUCUCAGAAACCCAGUCACCUACAAACACUGGGGAAAACAAAUCGCCAAGCUGGCUAUCAUCUUAUGAGCAAGCACUAGAAAAGACACACAAUUAUCGCUAUAACAAGGGCUACUGUAAAGAAGAGCAGGCAUCUGAGGUAGAGGUAGCCACCAUCAGAGAUAAAAGCUUCAGCCUAUCGGUUGCAGAAUCUAAAGAUGGCUACAAACCUAUGCUUGCUGAAACUUCUGCCAGCUCCUACGGAAAAGAACAGAAAUUUCAGAUAAAACAUUUUGAGGUGGAAAAAUACAUCAGUGAAGAGAUGAAGUAUGAGAAAGAAGCCACAAAGCAGAAAAGGAAGACAAAUAGUGAAGGUGCAGAUUUUGGAAAAGAAAAUGAGAAGCAAAAGAGAAUUAAAUAUGAGAUAGACUUGGUAAAUGAAAAGAAAUCAAGACCUUACAAAGGCAACGGACUGAAAGAAAACUCUACUGAGAAAGAGCGCAAAAAGCACAAAAAGGAUAAAAAGAAGCCUCAGAUAGAUGUCAAAAGAGAAGAGGAGCUACUUUGGGCUGAAUCUAUCUUGGGAUAUUGA